CAUAUCUGUGGAGUCCAAACUGUCCAGUAGCACUACCGGUGGCCGCUGUUCCAGGGUUACUGGCACACCUCAUAAAAGAAAGAAAAUAAAGAAAACAAACAAAGAGCUCUUGAUUCUGAUUCCUUUGUAACCUUGCUAAUUAGUGUGAUUUUUAUUUUUGCAUUUCCAGUGAAGAGGCCCCUUGGUGUGAAAAAAAAAAAGAGAAAAUGAUCACCCUGCUUUGCACCGUUUUUCUUUCCUUGACCAGCAGUGUGUACAGCGAGAGCCCUGCUUCUCCACCAGCCUACACAGCAGAGACUGAACUUGGUGAUCAGAACCAGGUGUUUGCCAGCCGUGGCUCCAACGUCACUCUACCAUGCCGGCUCCACCGCCAGCAUGGGAUGUCCUUCGGCAGUGUGGGCAUGAGAAUCAAGUGGACCAAGCUGUCUGCAGACGAGUCCCUGGAGGAGGAUGUGCUAGUGUCCAUGGGCUUCCACAAAAAGAGCUACGACAGCUUCCAGGGUCGCGUCCACCUGCAGGAGGCCGACGAUGACGACGCCUCGCUGGUUCUUAGCGACGUGUCCCUAGAUGACGUGGGAAAGUUCCRUUGUGAGGUCAUUGAUGGCAUUGAUGAUGUCAUCCAUGAGGUUACCUUGGAGGUGCAAGGUAGUGUAGGCUACAGCAAUGGUGUGGUGUUCCCUUACUCCCCACGGCUGGGCCGAUACAACCUCAACUUCCACGAUGCCGAGCAGGCUUGYCUGGACCAGGACUCUGUGGUGGCCUCCUUCGACCAGCUCUACGAGGCCUGGAGGAGUGGCAUGGACUGGUGCAACGCCGGCUGGCUGAACGACGGGUCCGUGCAGUACCCCAUCACCAAACCUAGAGGGCCCUGUGGAGGUGCCAACGCCAGGGCGGGCCUGAGGAACUACGGCCAGCCUGAAAAGUCCAAGAGCCACUACGAUGUCUUCUGCUUCACCUCUGGCCUCAAGGGUCAUCUCUACUGGCUGGUGCAACCCGACAAGCUGACGUUCGCAGAGGCUGUUCAGGCAUGCCAGGAUGACGGGGCUGAGAUCGCCAAUGUGGCCCAGAUGUACGUUGCCUGGAAGCUGAACGGUUAUGACCGCUGCGACUCUGGCUGGCUGGCUGACGGCAGCGUCCGCUACCCCAUCUCCAGGCCCCGCAUGAACUGCAGCCCAACAGAGGCGGCCGUGCGCUUUGUGGGAUUCCCUGACAAGAAGCAAAAGCUCUUUGGUGUCUACUGCUUCAAGGGCCAGCAGUGAAGAGGGAAUGCCAGGACUUAGCCCUGUGCACAAUACCAACUUAACCACCAAAGAAAUAAAAUGACAACAAUAACACCAAUACAUGUCGGGAAUUAAUUUGCAUGAACUAGCAUGAGCUCAUUACCUUACCAAAACUGUGCUAACUUUUUUUAAAUUCUUACAAACUAUGAAUUUUGUCAAAACAAAUUUUCAUACUGCAAUGACCUAAAUAUAUUUUGUAAGCUGAAACAAGAGUUAUUCCUCGUCAUGUAAUAACACAUCACCAUGGUUGAAAUUGUGACAGAGACCAGGCCUGGAUGAGUUACAUCAUCCUCGUUUGUUUUGUCCUCCACAAAUUGAGUGUGUGAAGAAAUAAUGAUUGGAGCGUUUAUGCUCUAUUUGGCCAGGGAAUGCUUUUGAAGUUUCAAAAAAUGAAAAAGAUUGUCUGUGACAAAAUGCAUCAGGUCUAACUAACAUGCAUAUCAAGCAGUUUAUGGGCUAAAUUUCAUUAACAUAAUAACCACAGUUUGACUAUGGCAGUUCUGUUAUCAGUAACACUUGCACGGUAAUGCUACCACAAACUACGACAAACAAAUAACAACAACAACAACAAAAUCAAAUUUGAAUCCCCAUCUCAAGUGAAUCUUCAUCUAACAUUUCACAAAGGAGAUUCAAGUCAGCAAGCUAACUUUCCUGUAUGUCCUGAAACGGUGAACUACACCCA